AUGGUUUUGUUGCAACAGGUCGGUUGCACGCCGCUGCACACGGCAUCGCAGAAUGAAUACAAGGACGUGGUUGAGCUGUUGCUGGCCAAGGGUACGGAUAUCCAUGUCAAAGACAUCUUCGGAUCUACACCCCUCACACCUGAAGUAGUGGGCGAGAUACUACGCGAGUUUGGCACCCGGAAGGGCCAAGUAUGUUUGUUGCAGCAGUUGUUGGAAACGUCAGAGGCAAAUGAGGCGAGCCUCACGGAACAAGUGCACGCCUUUGGAUUGCGGCUGGAAGAGUCGGAGGCAAAUGGGACGAGCCUCACAGAACAAGUGCACGCCUUGAAAUUACAGCUGGAGGAGUCGGAGGCAAAUGUUCAAAAACGCACGCAUAAUCUCCCACAGUCGCAUUCCAACGAUGAGGAGGAGGAAGCCAUCGUUCGAAUCGACCCUGAUACUUGCACACGUGUCUCGGUAGCCUACAUCAACCACCUAACCGAUCUUUUCAGCGAUCAUCGGGUGGUAGGUAGGGGGGCGGGCGUUCGGGACAGCUUACCGUGGCAUCGACUUGGUGACAAACCUUACUCACUCAGCAUAGAAACACAGGCGGCGCACCUGGUGUACGAGCACGGUGAGCACGGCAGUCUGGCCGAUAAUCUGGUGGACGACACCAAAGCGAGACUCCUUGUCCCGCCCGUGCGAAUGCGCAUUGCGGCCGGCAUCGCCAAGGCGCUCGCGUUCAUGCACAAUCCGAAGCAGGGGGGUGGGCGAGUAUUCCAUCGCGACGUCAAAUCCGCCAACGUCGUCCUGACCGCCACUCUCGAACCCAAACUGAUCGACUGUGGGCUGGCCUUUAUGGUACCAGACGCCCCACAGGCUCUCCAGCACCCCACAUUCACGGUAACCACGCAAGCGUGGCAGCGUUAG